AUGCGCUGUGGGUGUAUCUCCUAUCUGAUUUCAUCAAAGGGGAAGCCUCUGAAAGAAGCCCAGGGUGAAAUCCUGUAUUCUGCGUCGUUUCUGGAGUGGUUUGCGGAAGAAGCCCGCCGGGUUUAUGGUGAUGUCAUUCCAGCGUCUGCGAAAGACAGAGCCAUUAUAACCCCAUGGAACUUCCCCAGUGCUAUGAUUACCCGGAAGGUUGGUGCAGCUCUGGCAGCUGGCUGUACGGUGGUAGUGAAACCUGCAGAGGACACCCCUUUAUCAGCAUUAGCUCUUGGGGAGCUUGCAAACCAGGCUGGAAUUCCAGCAGGAGUGUACAAUGUUGUUCCUUGUUCCAGGGAGCAGACACCAGCUGUAGGGGAAGUUCUGUGCACUGAUCCGUUGGUAGCCAAAAUCUCUUUUACUGGCUCCACAGCAACAGGAAAGAUAUUGCUGAAACACGCAGCUGGCACUGUGAAGCGAGUUUCCAUGGAGCUGGGAGGACAUGCGCCUUUUAUAGUGUUUAACAGCGCCAAUGUGGACCGUGCUGUUGCCGGAGCCCUUGCUUCUAAGUAUAGAAACUCAGGGCAGACCUGUGUUUGCACAAACCGUUUCCUGGUGCAAAAGGGAAUCCAUGACAAAUUUGUGGAAAAGUUUGCUGAAGCUAUAGAGAGGGAACUACAUGUCGGAAGUGGAUUUGAUGCAAAAACUAACCAAGGGCCACUAAUUAACGAAAAAGCAGUGGAGAAGGUGGAGAGACACAUUAAUGAUGCAGUUUCUCAAGGAGCAUCUAUUGUGACUGGAGGGAAACGACACAGCUUGGGGAAGAAUUUCUUUGAGCCAACAUUACUCAGUAACGUUACAACAAAAAUGCUUUGCACUCAAGAGGAGACAUUUGGCCCUUUAGCACCAGUUAUCAAAUUUGAGACUGAAGCAGAAGCUAUCGCUAUAGCAAAUGCAGCUAAUGUGGGUUUAGCAGGAUAUUUCUACUCCCAAGAUCCAGCUCAGAUCUGGAGAGUUGCAGAACAGCUGGAAGUUGGAAUGGUUGGUGUUAAUGAAGGCAUCAUCUCCUCAGUGGAGAGUCCUUUUGGUGGGGUAAAACAAUCUGGCUUAGGGCGAGAAGGUUCAAAAUAUGGCAUCGAUGAAUACUUAGAAAUAAAAUAUGUCUGCUUUGGAGGCUUAUAAAAAUCUUCAAAAAGCACAGUCCCAACAGCUUGGAAAAGAGUGCUGUAGUUU